GUCGUCCGCGAGGCGUCGGGGGCGUCGGGGGCGUCGGGACGCCGGGGCGUCAGUCAGUCGUUGCCCGCGUAAGGCUGGAUCCGCGCGUCCCUCCCGUUGCGGUCGGUUAUCGGUGCCCCGUGUCGAGUCGCGUUCGCGUGUUUCUGACAGCUAAAUAUCAGGCGGUCGAGGAGGAGAGAGCGUCGCGACGCCGAGACCCGGGAGCCUUGAGCUGACGAUAGGCUGAGCUCAUAGCUGGCGAAGUAAACGGUGCCAGUGUAAGGAAAAGUGCGGAGAGAGCCUCGUGGUCGCGAGUGCAAUCAAUAAGUGAGAGAAGACCGACCGACCGACGAGAGCGAAGAGAAGAGAAGAGACGAGACGAGACGAGAGGAGACGAGAGGAGAGGAGAGGAGAGGAGAGGAGAGCAAAGCAGAGCAGAGCAGAGGAGAAGAGAAGAGAGCUGCUCCUCCUCGGCGCUACAGCAUCCGCACGUUGAAUACGCCCGUCCUCGAGUUCACCGAGCACGGCCAGAUUAAAUGGGCGGCUGAAAAAUCUUCACAUUCCCCCGGACGAGAGUUGAACGUGCGCUGUAUGAAACUUUUCAAACUUCCAACAUUUCCCGGUGUCAAAAUGGCAUUUGGCCAAAAAGUUUGAGGAUCUCUGAGAUGACAGGGCCUCACUAGCAUGCUGGAUAAGCGGCGGCUCCACGCUCCAGGGUCGCCGCCAUGCACCCUUCUGUUUGUGGUCGCCCUCACGAUAACCGGAUGUUUAUCCUUCUGGUUACUGAACGGGUGUCCGGGUCCUCCGAUUCCGGUACCCAUCGUGGCUACGUCGCCAGCAUACGAGCUGAUACUGCCUCGAAACACAUCGGCACCAGCCAGGCCCUAUUCCCUUGCCGAGCUACCGUCCGAUGACGAAACGAGCUUGAUUGAUCUAAGGAACUUCCGGUUCCUCAUCAACCAUGAUCCGUGCAACAAGACCCAGCCCCUCUUGCUGAUGCUCAUACAUUCUGCCCCGGCCAACCUCCCCAAGAGAAUGGUGAUCCGCGAAACCUGGGGACAAAAGCGAUUCGGGGCCGUGGUGCUUUUCCUCGUCGGCACCAUGCCUGGUAUGCAAGGGAAAAUCGAGGAGGAGGAUAGGAUCUACGGGGACAUUGUUCAGGGAAAUUUUCAGGACGCCUAUAGGAACAUGACCUACAAACACGUGAUGGCGCUAAAGUGGGCCGCUUAUCACUGUCCAGGUGCCAAAUACGUGCUGAAGCUUGACGACGACGUCUUCGUUCACACCCCGGCGCUACUGGAGUUCCUGGCCCACGAUCUGUCGCCGUGGGGCGCGAGGCGGCUGAUCCUCUGCAACUCGAUGGCGAUGGCUAUGGUGAAGCGUUCCUGGCGAUCUAAGUGGAGAGUCUCGCCGCUCGAGUAUCCCGGGAAAACUUAUCCCGUGUACUGCGCCGGUUGGGCGAUAAUGUACUCGCCGGACAGCGUAUUUCUACUCUACAGGGAGGCGCAGAAGAGCUCCUACUUCUGGAUAGACGACGUCCACAUAACCGGUACCCUGGCGAAGAAGAUCAACCUGACCCACACGCCGUUGAACUCGCUGAUUCUGACUCAGGAGAGGAUGCAGGCCUUCAUCGACACCCCGUAUUCACCGGGUGAUUUUCUCUUCGGUCCGGCGAACAUGGCCGAAGGUGACAUCAGGGCGCUUUGGAAGGCCGUGGCCUUGACUCUGGCCUAGUUAGACGUGCCGGGCUGCCGGUGCGGCAGCCAAAAACUUUGCCAAAAUAUAAGCGGAAAUUGAUGUAUAUAUAUUCUGUAUGUUAUUGAUAUACGAAUUUCGUUCGCGCGCGAUGUCUGCUUCGAUUCGUUGGCAUCUGUAAAUCGUUUUUGGGAAAUAUGCGCAGGUUGUUAAUUCGCUGAAACGUUUUUUAAAAUUACAACCCGCAGAUGGUUUCUAUGUGAGAGUCUUUGAAGGGAUCGAAUCGGGUCUGCUGGUUAUUGAAAUCUUACUCCGUAACGGACACGAAUAUCCGCGGGCUAGUUUCUCGGACCUAUGGAAAUGAAAAGGUAAACACGGGGUGGGAGAUUCGAUAGUUGAUUGACAUCUUAUCGUCGAAUCAUCAUCGGUGUUCGGUACUUGUGUAGGUAAUUAAAGUUUGUCACAAUUCAGAUAAAAUGGUAAGGCGUGUAGCCGGUAUCUGCGAUCGAGCAAUUACCUCGUUU